AUUUAGAUUGGCGCCGAAGCCGCAGGCCCUUCUUACCUUACCUUCACACACUUACCCAACAAACCCUUGGACGCGCAAACGCUCACUACCUAGUGCUCAGUGGUAAGUGGGUUUUUUUGUGUCAGGAUUUUUUCGAUGCCGACUGAUGGAAACUUAAUUCCUAUUUUUAUUGCACUUUUUGAGUUAGUUCAGUUUGACAUUUGGGGAGUCCACAUUUUUCUUAAAAUGCGCCUCGAACAGCUCGAAAACCAAAACCCCAACGUUUAUAACAAAACCACUGAUCGUUUAAUCACAGCUGAAGAAGAAAACGACGAUGUUGUUGACGAAUUUGACUCCAGAGAAAUUUUUGAUCUGAUUAGAAAUAUCACUGAUCCAGAACAUCCCCUAACUCUAGAGCAAUUGCACGUCGUCCAGGAAAGUCUGAUUCAAGUUGACAAUGCAAAUAAUUCGAUUUUUGUAAAUUUUACACCAACUAUACCACAUUGUAGUAUGGCCACACUAAUAGGACUUUCAAUUCGUGUGAAAUUACUUAGGUGUUUACCGGCAAGGUUUAAAGUGAGGGUUGAGGUCACUAAAGGGACUCAUAAUGCGGAAAAUUCGGUAAAUAAACAACUAGCUGAUAAGGAAAGGGUUGCGGCGGCUUUGGAAAACCCACACUUGAUCCAGGUCAUCAACCAGUGCAUUUCCAACAGAAAACGCGGUUAAUUUAUUGUAAAAAAAUGUAAAGUGUUGUAAAUAAAGAAAUAAAAAAUU